AUGGCAUCAGGUAAAGAUUCCCAUGCUUACUCAAGUAUUCCACUUGAAGAUAUAUUUACAGCACCAGAUAGAGAAUCAAAUGGAGUUCCUUCUACCCCACCUCCAGAAUUUGAAGCAGGGAGGUCAAAUUUGAAUCCCACAAGACUUCCUUAUUCAGACCAUCAAAUUGAGAUAUCUAAUAUCUAUAGACGUAUUAAUGAGAUUCAUGAAGUUCUUGCAUCAUUAAAAUCGAGUACUGGUGGAGUUGACCCAGAAAGUUUAGUUCAAACUCCAGUCAGAACAAGUGAUAUAGAAUGUACCCCACAAUGCUUGAAGAACUUUGUCAUAGUUUUCAUAGUGAUUUUACUUGGUUUAACGUUUUUUGUAACGUUUGCAACAUUGUUAUCACUUUGGUAUCUGAAACAUAGUAGUUAA